AUGGCAUCCUCGGACAGCCAACACCCUACACCAACAACAACUAAUGAUCGCGACUACCAGACAUUCCGCUCACAUGGCACACUCGUCCGUCUCAAGGCCCGGGCAGGUCAUCUCAUCGCUUCAGUACCCCCCAGCAAAUACAUCUUUUGGAGCGACUUGCGAGUCGCCUUUCCGGGGAUACUGCGUGUCCAACAUGAGGAUAUCAUUGUCACCUAUAUGAGAGACGACAAUGAGCGGAGGAUCAAGCCAUUUCGGAUAGAGUGUGUUCCUGGAGCGAUUCUCGAUGUCGUCUACAACCUCUCGCCUUCAAUUUCUCGCACAGUCGCUAAUGCACCAUCCAAAGUCGAUUCUAUCAACAAGUCAGCUGAUUCAAAGAGCACCAAGCAACAGCACGGACAGGACAAGAAGCAGGAACUAAAUAAUACUCUGGACAUGACAGGCCCUUCGCAUUCGAAUCACUCAGCUGCAGUGCCCCAGCAGUCAUCGUUGGUCUCAGUCGUUCAGCCCAUCACCUCCAAGACCACAACAACACCUACAACAAACUCCAUUGACAUCUCCCAGGACACGGCGAUAUCGACCAUCCAGGAGCAACCGCCGCAGCAACCAGCGAUGCUAGAGUCCCCAGCAAUAUCAUCUCCGUCGCUAGGGACUUGUGCAGACUCGGAGGACUAUGAUGUGGUUGGUGAGCAUUCGACUGAUCUGGAUUCCAUCGAGGAGAUCGCGCACGAAGUCGUGCAGGAGCAAGGGCAAGAACAGGAGCAAAGGAGCGGCAGCCCACAGGAUACAUACAUUUCAAGUCAGUCGGAUACGCCGCAAGAAUCGCACUCAUGCCCGCCAAAACCAGCGACAACCCCUACUCCUUCAAUACACAGAGUUGCAUCCUUCAAAGAGCAGGAAAAGGCGACAGCUACAACCUUCCUGCAUACCUUAGUGCCGCCAUUAAAAGGACUCGCCAACGGUAAUGGUGACAACACGGCCGACAAUAGUAACGAAAACCUUCCUCCUGCGACCAAACGGAAACGACAAAGUCUUCUUCAACUCCUUCUCUCCUCCGAGCCACCCGAGGGUUCUGACGAGGCGACAAAGGCCGACUUUGAGUCGAUCAAAACGGAGCUCCUCACAUGCGCUCAUCUAUUUUACGCGUACCUAAAAUCGACCACCGACUACCAGAUCUUGCAGGCCGAGAGACGGGGACGGAUCCUGUUUGCGACCCUUCUUGGACUCAAGCUACGGAUCCCGUUCGGUCAUCCUCUCCGCAUGCAGUAUGAGGCCGUGAUUAAGGACACCAACUCGACCAGGAUGCUGUUCAGGAAGAUGCGUCCCGAGUUCCUUCAACCCAAAGCGGAUCAGCUCACCGGCGUUCACUAUGGCGUUUUCCAGCACCUGGACCCCAAAAUGUUUGUCAUCUUACCGAAAGGAGACAGCGCGGCAGCAGGAUUCCGACUUUAUUUCCUCUGCGAGUGCUGUCAACUCACACAGCCAGAUGACGACGAGGCGACCCGGGUGGAUAAGAAACGGAGGAGAUUUCCUCCUCAUCAGCUUCACUUUACUCUGCAUGAGGGCUACGACCUACUGUACAUCGAGGAGUUUGUCGCGCGCUUCGGUUACCACAUGUGGGUGAUUCUUCAGAUGCUGGCGUUUGGAUACAAGGACAACGGAGUCGCCGUCCCGCCGAUGAACAAAGACUCGCCCAUAUACAAAAAAGUCCUCUGCGCUAUCAGCUACAUCCAGAAUGAGCCGGACUCAGGCAAGGUGGAAGGAAGCUGGGACUUUUCUCGCGUCAAGGACUUUUACGCUCCCAUCAAUCUGGACAAGGAAGGCUCGGCCGGGACGUUGUUCAGGAUCAUUACCAGCGAGGGUUAUGCCAAGUGGGUUUGCUUUGACCACUACAAGGAGCGGUUCCCGGAGAACGAUUAUAAGGUCUUGCAGGUGGUCCUGAAGCGAUUCUUUUACAACGAGGCAUUGGGGGCUCUUUUGGUGUCGCUGUGUUCACGGGAGGAGGCGUUGAAGUUCUAUGAGGCGAUUGUCAAGGCGGAGAACUUGCAGGAACUCGGCCUGGAGCUGGCCUGGCAUGUGAAUGAGGAGGAUAUCGCCGUUCUGCAGGCGACCAUUCUUCGCACCACUGCCGUGUCGAUCAAGCUCUUUGUCCCUUUCGAGCAGCAUAUUGUUCAAGGCCCCAUCAACCUCAAGGAGCCCUGUCGAGGCGUCGAUGUCAAUGAUCCCAACUACAUCCUGGGUCACUUCAAGACCAAACUGAUCAAGCACCUUGUCGACUGCCGGCGAAUUCAAGGGUUCUACAUGGACAUCAGUGACCCAUCCGACCACCCGGACACCCAAGAGUCUCUGGAUCGGCUGUUCAUGAACUCGCGCUCCUUCGCGGACUGGGACCCGGACCGGAUGAACCCCGCGUUGUGCGACAUGGUCAGGACAGCAGGACCCAAUGCCAAGACCAAACUCAGCUUCAACAGUCCGACCCUCGAGCGUGGGUUCCAUUUCAUGAACAAUGCGAUCAAGGGCGACGUCGGUUUGGUGAUGCUCAAGGCCAUGGUCAGCUACAACGAGCAGGUUUCGAUACGAUCAGGCAAGGACGAGGCGCGCAAGUCGAUGCGCAUCCAACGGUGGUCCAACAGCACGCUUCGGUUCGCCAACAAGCUGGAGCGACUCUGGUUGGAAGUCCACAACCACCAGGAACUCAAGGCUCUCCAGCAGCUCAUCGAGUUGAACCCUUGCUUGAGAAAGCUGCGAGUGACAACGGAGACUCUCCAGUUCUUCAAGGUCUACCAGGCGAUCAAGGCGACCUUUGCUGCGGUAGGGCCUUCGCGAGUUCCCAAGAAAGUUGGCUUGAGAGACAAAGCGGACAUGAGUCUCACCUGGUCGGAAACAACUACAGAUUCCGCAACAGCGGCAAAUGGAACAACGACAACGGCCGCAGAGGAAACAAGCACAUCGACUUCAUCGACUACAGCCCCUGAGGCAAACAGGAUCCCAGCACAGCCAAUGUCGCUUACUUACUCUAGAAAGUCGAGCAACGUCUACACGGUCUUGAUGUUCUUUGGGUACAUGCUCACGUACUUGAAGUGCCUCGAGUUUUCGAACCACGACGCCAAGACACUGGAGGCCUGUACGCGGUCAAGGGGAUCACACCUAGCCAGUAUUCAGAUCAAUAUCUUGGGGCUUGAUAAGAAGGGGUACGAGGACCUGACCAAGGUCAUCGAGCGAUCCCAGGUGCCUAUGUCACAACUGUCAUCUCACUUUGCGGUCUACUUGUCACCGGUCGAAGGCGCCAAAGCAGAGUGGGAGGAGGCGACGCAGUUUCUGGUCAGGUUUGGAUCAAGUGUCGAUGAGCUGGUGUUGAUCGGAUCCAUGGACGACGGAGAGCCGUUGGCGACGUUUUUCCAGACUAUCACGCCCAAGGUCCUUCCUUUCCUAGAGAUUCUGGUUGUUGUCGGCGCGUUGAGCAAGUCGAUCAGCGUAGGCAAACGAGGCAUCGGCGCCUCUCUCCCGAAGGCGGUGGCGACCUCUGGAUUCGUUCUCGGCAGCCCUCGUACCCAAAACUGUGUCAAGUGGUCCCAGGCCGCGCGCCAGUUCUUGCCAUGGCUUCAGGCGUUUGUCUCGGAACUGCGGCUUCACAAGCUAGGGGUGAACCGGUUAUUGCUAGAGAGCUCGGAGUGGGUGGCGUUGUUGAAGAAGAUUCAGUUUUCGGAUCUGGAAGAGUUGGAUCUGUAUGCCUCCAGGAUGCCAUCGGAGGUGUUCCGGAACCUGGCUUUCUUUCUUCCCAUGCCACACAGCAGUACCAACAAUAGCAACCUCAGGACCACCGCCCCAGCUGCAGCUGCAACUUCGACAACCACCACCGAUAUUACGACCGGCAAGAGCAACGAUAUUGGCAAAUCGGGCGAGACAACCUUCGAGACCACGGAUGCAUCAUCGGACACGCUGAACGAGGAGUCACAGUUGUCGACAGCAGUGUGGGAUCGAUCCAUUAGCAUUGCGACCACCCCGACGUUGCCAGAGCAACACCCGUGGGAAAUGCUUGGCGAAGGCUUUUUGACGCAGCGCAAGGACUAUGCGGCCUACAAGGAGGCGAUUGAUAUGAAGAUUGGCGAUCGGACCGAUAUUCAUUACCGACGCCUUGAAGCCCAGUUCCAGGCCAAGUCAUCCCAGGAUGUUGUUACUACUGCCACUGAGAGUGAGCCGCCAUCAGUGAUCGAUGUCUCUACUACUACAGUUACGCCUUUGGCAGCUACCACCGCUACUACGCCCUCGAGUACGUCAAGUGCAGCGUCUGCGAAUGUGAGCUAUGGUUUGCUUAGGGAUUCCAAAGGACAGGACAAGGUGAAGGAUCGAGCGAUUCGCAAGUUCCGGAUGCCAUGGAUGCUGACACGCAAUGCGGUCGAGCAGGCCACUGUGCAGCAUGCCUUGCGGACUAGACUGCGCGGGUAUGAGGUGGAGUAG